AAUUCCUGGGCAUCCGGGUCUCCGCGCGGACCUCCCGGGCUCUUUCUCACGCCCGAUGCCACCGUCGUUCUGCCGCUGUCCCUCACCCGUACCAAACGUCGUCGACGGUCACCAGGAAGAUACCACACGGUGUGCCCGCAUAGCAUUGUCUCGGCGAUUCUUCGAAUAAAUGACUGCAACCUUCUGAGAGGUAAUGCAGGGCAUGAUGCCAGUUAAGACAAAGUCUCGUGUUCCUGAAAACAUGGGGGUCACAGGUGGACUGGUGGAUGCCCGUGCUAAGCAAGUUCUAAGAGAAGCUGUGGAUGCAGUCGUCAACAGCUUUGCGAAACAUUCUCAGGGCUACGGCAGAGUAAAUGUCGUGGAAGCCCUGCAAGAAUUCUGGCAGAUGAAACAGAGCAGAGGGGCAGAAUUGAGAAAUGGUGCGUUAGUCAUCUAUGAGUCCGUCCCUGGUACUAGUCCACCUUACGUUUGCUACGUGACGCUCCCCGGUGGAUCUUGCUUUGGGAGUUUCCAAAAUUGCCCCACCAAGGCUGAAGCGCGCCGAUCAGCGGCGAAAAUUGCACUGAUGAAUUCCGUGUUCAACGAACAUCCGUCAAGAAAAAUUACCGAUGAUUUCAUUGAGAAGGCUGUCGCGGAAGCCAGGGCUAGUUUCGCGAAACCCUCGGCAACGUCGAACGGUAGCCAAGCGCAAGUAAAUAAAGGGAGCGGCGACGAGAAGGAGGAUCCGAACACGGGAAUAGGCGCGUUUCGUUUUAUGUUGGAGUGUAAUCGCGGAAGAACGAUGUUGGAAUUUCAAGAGUUAAUGACGGUCUUUCAAUUGCUCCACUGGAACGGCUCUUUGAAGGCUAUGAGAGAGAGGCAGUGCAGCAGGCAGGAAGUGGUCGCGCAUUACAGCCACCGCGCGUUAGACGACGACAUGCGUAGCCAAAUGGCGUUAGAUUGGGUGGCCAGGGAGCACGAGAGCGGCGGCGGAGUCGUGGCGAUGGAAUUGGCCCUGGCUGAGCGCGAGCUCGAGACCGCGCGAUUAGCGGGCCGGGAGCUUAGAUUUCCGAAAGAGAAGAAAGACAUACUGAUACUCGCACACGCGCAGAUGCCAAGAGCAGACUAGCCAUGGAACAAGCUUGACCUACACACCAUGUGGCUACAGGUGGGAGGACAUAUUGCAUAGUAUCAUAA